AUGAGAGAUACCGUAGUGGACAAAAGAAUAGUGACAGUCCCUUCAAUUCGCCCAAAUUUACUUUGUCCAAAAACACAAAUUGAACAAGUUUGUCAUCAUCAAACAACAACAUCAUCCCCGUCUUCUUCUUCAUCCACCUCUUUAUCUUAUCUCUGUUCGACAACAACAAAUGACAGCCAAAAUAAAAAAUUAGAAGAAAAAAUAAAUGAAAGAUUUAAUGAUGAGGAGGAAAUUAAAAAUUCUACAAAAAAUCGAAGUAAUUCAUUUGGACAUAUUCAAAAAGGAAAAUCAAAAGAAGAACAUUCAUUAAUUCAUCAAAACACUGAAAAUAAUGAAUUACCAACAACUUCUUCCCCUCCAACUUGGACUGCUACUUUUGCACAAAGUUUGCAAAUACGUUCAUCAUCAACGCGAAGACGUAUUCGAUCCCCACGACCUCCUGCUAAACACAUUCUUAUAUUGAAGCGUAAGUUUGUUUGUUUUUGA